UAAAAAUAUGGAUGAUGAAGACCGUUAUGCUAAACCAAAAGUAUCUGCUCCAGAAGAUACAUUAGGUUUAAUGACAACUUCCGCACAACAACAGCAACAGCAGCAACAGCAACAGCAACAGCAACAGCAGCAGCAGAAUUUGGCUACAUCAAAAGAAUUAAGUGAUAGUCAAAUUACAACAUCAUCUACUGAAAAUACUGUAGUUAAAUCUUCUUCCUCUAUUUCCUCUGCUCCUACAACAAUGGGUACACCUAAUUCAGAUUCAAAUAGGCCUAAUGCCUCUCCUCUUCAAAAACCACUCAAGUCUGCUCUGAAAAAAGUUACCAUGUCAGAUUUAUUAAAAAGAUCAGCUUCGGAAUUACAAUUAAAUUCCAAGUUAUCAAACGGUAUAUCGCUAUCAGAAGCUAAUCAACAGCUUGGCGCCUUCUCACCUGCUGUUAUCGCCAGUCAUCGUCAACCCAAGUUGCGAUUUAAUCAAUAUGUUGAACAAUGCAUUGCUUUGUCAGCUGACACUAGUAGUAGUAAAAAAAAAAGUUCUCGUAAGAGAUAAAGAGGAUGAGGACACUACAUCGUCCUCUGCAGCUGAAACUUCAGAUGAUGAUGAUGACUACGAUCCUGGAGAAGAUUCAGAUGCAGGCAGUAUUCUUAUGAUGCGUAGUUCUCGACCUCAUAAAGUAAGAUCAUCCAUUAAAAAAAUCGAACCUACUCUAUUGAAAACAAAUUCACGAUCGGAUCAGGACUCAAGUGAUGAUGACUCUAAUUCGGAUGAAACAUCCGAUGAUGAUUUAAUUAUCCCUACUACCUCGUCUAAUAAUGCUUAUCAAUAUGUACAUAAAUAUCGUCGUAAUAGUAAAAGUAGUCUUAAUCAUAAUCGUAGAAAAUCUUCCAAUGUUGACACAUGGGAUGCAGAAAGUGCCGAUUCGGAUGCUCUUGUCCAACAUAUUAUUCAAGUGUCAAAAGGUAAAAGGCCAUUAGGGCCUAGAGACCCAGCAGCCGAUCGUAUGCCUACUCAACCCAAUGUCAGCUAUGAUAAUGGUUACAUUAGUACGGAUGGGGGUAUGCCACCUACGAAAUCGGAUUAUGAUUACGAGUUUGAUGACGAUGAUUGGGAUACACAUAGUGAACAUGCAGAAGAUGUUCCAUACGCUUUUAUAACUGAGGAAUAUCCACCUAUUGCGCCUGCUCCCCCAGUUGGAUGUCAAAUUUGUAAGGCGCCUGUUAAUAACGAGCCUGUCUUGCCUGCUGUGAAACCUAAGGUUGAAAGAUGUGUAAGUGAUACAAAAGCAACAGAUGAUAUCUAUCAUACUCAACAGCAAUAUGAUAGCAGUAAUAACGAUGGAAGUAAUAACAAUAACUCGACAUUCUUUAGUAGUAUUGCUCAUUGGGCUUCUUCUCAUCUUUGGCCAGCAGAUAAAUCUAAUUAACAAAAUACAGAAAGAAAAGUUGUAUAAUAACAAAAUCCAUGAUAGAAUCUAUAUAAAUAUGUCCAUUCCUUUUUUCUUUUCUUUUUUUUUUCCCCUUUUACAUUAUAUUAUAAAACAUGUACCUAAAUAAUAUUCAUAUAACAACAUCAUUUCUUUUUUACUUGUACAGCUCAUGUCAAUAAAAAAACAAAAAACAAAAAA